AUGCAGUAUGUGCUUUUGGCGUUAGCUGGAUUGCAUUAUUAUGGAGUAGUUGGACCGACUGGACCUGGAGAAAAUUACAUCAUGCCAAGUUGGAUUAGUAUAUCCGCUAUCGUCUAGAAGUAAGACCUCCAUCAUUAUGUUGGAGUUGGACUGGAGGAAGUAUCAUGCCAUAAUGGAAUUGGGCUAGGAAUGUAGAGAGAUUAGCAGGACAUCUGAGGUGGAUAUGAUCGGAGAGGUUACCUCUAAACCUCUACAUCCCAAGAGUGGGCACAUCGAUCAGUCAAUCAAUCAAGCAAUCUAUCAAUCAAUCAGAAUCAGAUGCAUCAGCGCUUUCCUCUAAGACCUCAAAGCCAGACAGUAUGAAGUUUCGUGGCAGUUCACUGGUGAAGCAAAUCGCGCUGCUCAAGAAGGAUGCGAUCAGAAAGGGUUACUCCGGUGUCUUUUUCAGAGCGCUUUAUUGCAGAUUCAGCAAGGACUCUUUGCUCGCGCUCAGGCGAGUUUGCGUGCAUGCGGAGAACAAGCUAGUGUUGUACAGACUAGAGUUAUGUUGAUUCAUCUUGUUGAAAGGAUUUAGAUCUCUUUUGCGCAAAGUAGAGACUUCAUGAACUACUAUAGGGUUGGUGGUAUAAACUCACUCUAUUUUUUUGCGCAAAAUUAAGGAUCGUGGCUGAAUGAACCUGAAAAAUCACAACUCUUCCUGUGAACCAACGCAGCUUUUGGUUUUGGUUUUGGUGAUAUGUAUUUCUCUAAAACCCAUCUUGAAGUGCUCGCCUGGAGCGCACUAGCACGUUUGGUGGCAUCGCGGCCACACUUGUUGCGCAACAGAGCAUUUCUAGCGGGCUCGUCUCCUACUUUGCCAGGAGGACAAACGUUUGGAAAUGUACAGGAACCAAAGUUAUGCUGGAUGAGAUUUACCUACUCGAAAAGUGAAAAUAUGCGAGUAGCCACCUGAAAUUAAAGACUCUUGACUUCCUUCCUCGUCAUUGUUAAGUAUCUCGGUUAUUCAAAGUAGCAACUCGCGUAUUUCAGUUUUUCGAAUACUUCAAACCGAGAUGUUGAGUGCACUUAUUGUUGAGGACUAUAAUGAGUCUCUAACUCAAGUCCCUGGAAUUGUGCCUGGUGGUUUCACGGUGCCUGCUGCGCCGUUUCUAGAUCACACAGCUGUCGCCGCACAUGAAACUUUGGUGACCUAUCAUACGCUUGCAAAUCAAGCAAGCUUCAGAUCUUCUUGUAGGACAAGGACUACUUGUGGUGCUGGGUCUUCAUCUUCUUCAUCUUCUUCUGGGUCGUCAACAUUAGCGGCCACAAGAAUGUCCACAUCAUAUGGUGCAAAUCUCUUAGCAGGUCAGAGUCUAGUUUUUUGCGUGUCAGGACAGCGUGCACUGGCAGAGGCAAGCGCACGUGUUGCACAGAGGUUUCAUUUAAGGCUUUCAGUGAUUCAUCUUAAGAGGUAUCUUUGCCUUCAUUUCUAAGGGGAAAACGCGCCAAAGAUGCCUUUCCGGAUGAAUGCAAGUAAGGUCUAACUUAUCCAGGGGUUUGUGGUGGAGGUGGAGGUCGUGGCCCUUCUAGUUCCACCGCUAGUAAUAGCAGAGAAGAUGCGCAACUUCUAAGUGAUCAAGGUGCUUCAUCAACUUCAACAGGGCGGAAUGAGAACAAUAACUGUUGCUCGCAGUUCCUGAACUCCGAUCAACAGAGAGACGCAUUUGGCCACUGUUGGCGACUAGGCGACUUCGAAACUUGUCAAGAACUAGUCAAAUACACUUUAGAGGAUCGCGGAGUACAUCUUUUGCAAAGAGCGCGAUUGAGUCUUGCUCGUGGUGAUUUCGUGACUGUGGUGGAUCUACUAGAUUCAGCGUCGACAUUGUUGGCCAAGGAUAUGAAGCGAAAAUCUGGCAUCAUUAUCAAGUUUCUUAAGUGGAAAAGUGUGAUAAUGAUAAUAGAUUUUGGCCUCAUAAAGGAGAUUUUAUGUGGUGGGAACCAAGAGGGUGAUCGCCUUGGUGGACAAUCUCAACCUGUUGCUGUUGGUCAAUAUAGAAGUCAGCCGUCUAUUCAAUUCGCGACGAUCAGAGAGCGACCCAUGGUGCAGCAUGGAGGAAGCGAGUCAUCAACCAAGAAGAGCAUAAGGUGGAGCAAUGCUCAGAAAUGGAGAAUCGAUAUGAGAUGCAAAUCAAACGCGGCCAAGCCAGGCGUUUGUAAAGAAGAAAGUGGACGAAAUGGACAGAAACGACCUCGCGAUGGAUUAGAAGAAAAAAGACAAGCGGGGUACUUGCUCUACCGUGACCACCUCACAAUUCAGGAUAUAACACUCGCACACACGCUUAUUGCCGACGCCCAUCUUGUUAAGGCUCAAUGUAUUUCAUUUCCACGAGACAUUUUUCGCAGUUUCCUUCUGAAGGACCUGAGAAAAUGAACGACCCAAGAAAUGAAAUGUUUUGAGCUCUAAUCUUGGUUGUCAAUUUCCUGUGCCUGCGGCUCUCGCCUGUGGGCGUGCAUUACUGCUAGCACAGCGAUUUGGGUUACAAGAAGCGCGAGCACGCGCACUGAGUCGCGUUGCGUGUAAGUAUGCACUUGCAACUUGA